GUGGAAAGCAUCAAAAAUGUAAGCAGAGGAAUGGACAUCUGUGUGCCUGAAAGAAUUAGCCUCUUCCCUUUCUGUCUUUCUUGUUCCAAACUCAGUUACUUCAGUGGAUUAUUAGAGACUGAAAAGACCCUUCUCUCUCUAGUUCUCUCCUCCUUCUACCCCACCUGCUUCGGUUCCAGAUUGUUUCCAUGGCAACAUCAGAAAAUCAAAAUCUUGAGGCCAGAAUCCCUGAUCCCCCCCCAGAAGGGCCAAAGGAAGAAAGAAGCAGGACUGGAGGUGGUGCCAAGAGAGAGCUGCGCCAUCUGUGCUUCUGGCCUCUGGUGCCUGCUAGAAUCCCCAAAUUGAUAAAGAGACUCCACAUCCACAGCGUUCUGGAUCCCACAGUCAUGGCCUCAGAAAAGUCAGGUCUCCCGGACUCCGUUCCUCAUACUUCUCCUCCCCCUUACAAUGCCCCACAGCCGCCAGCCGACCCCCCUGCCCCACCUCCUCAGGCACCCUCCACCUCCCAUCACCACCAUCACCACCACUAUCACCAGUCUGGCACCGCCACACUCCCAAGAUUAGGGGCAGGUGGGCUGGCUUCCCCAGCAGCCCCUGCCCAGCGGGGCCCCUCGUCCUCCGCUACGUUGCCCCGUCCUCCCCACCACGCCCCCCCUGGACCUGCCCCCGGGGCUCCCCCUCCUGGGUGUGCCACCCUGCCCCGCCUGCCCCCAGACCCCUAUCUCCAGGAGACCCGCUUUGAGGGUCCACUGCCCCCACCCCCUCCAGCCGCUGCCGCCCCGCCCCCACCUGCGCCUGCUCCUCCUGCUCCUGCACAGAGCUUUGUGGUGCCCACACACCCAGGUACCGUGGGUACGCUGCCCCUUGGAGGCUACGUGGCCCCUGGGUAUCCCCUGCAGCUGCAGCCCUGCACCGCCUAUCUGCCCGUCUACCCCGUGGGCGCCCCAUACACAGGAGGCGCGCCGGGAGGGACAGCAGUGACUCCUACGCUUUCCCCCCCACCCUUGGGCCCAGGACUAGCCCUUCUAGAGCCCAGGCGUCCGCCCCACGACUACCUGCCAAUAGCCGUGCUCACUACAAUUUGUUGCUUUUGGCCCACCGGCAUCAUUGCAAUCUUCAAGGCGGUGCAGGUGCGGACCGCUCUGGCCCGCGGAGACAUGGUGUCAGCAGAGAUCGCAUCUCGGGAGGCUCGGAAUUUCUCCUUCAUCUCCCUGGCCGUGGGCAUUGCAGCCAUGGUGCUCUGUACCAUUCUUACAGUGGUGAUCAUCAUAGCUGCACAGCAUCACGACACCGACUGGGAUCCUUAGGGAUUUUUCUCCUCCAACCUGGAGACUCCCUUCCCGGAGUGAUGAUCCCUCAAUCCUCUCCCACCCCCAAAUACUCAUCAAACCAGCCUAUGGAGCCACCAAAGCUGAAAACAACCCUAAACCUAGCCGCAAUGUUUUCCAUCAAAGGAAACUCCAAAACUAGAUCCCCAGGAAUUUCCUAAAUAUGGCCCUUGGGAUAUCUUCAAAACCCAGUUCCCUUGAGCCUCAGAACUCCCACGGUCAGAUACAGAAGCUUGCAACUCCCCACUGGUUCAAACUAUUAAGAACCACAGCCUCCCUCCCCAGGGUCCAGCACACAGACUUCCCUUAUCACUCUGGGUUAAUUUGAGCCUCAGGGCUCAGUCUCCAAUAUGGUCUGCCCCCAGCCCUGGCAAAGCUUCUCCUUUGGCUCCCAGUGUUAAACUCCACUUGCUUUUCAGGCCUCUCCCACCUUCUAGGGAGUGAUCUGCCAAUUCUAAGUAUGCCUGUACAGCCCCAACCUCUUGUGACAGCCUGGGAGGCCCCUUUCCCCUUCAUGAUCCCAGUCUUUGGGUUGUCCUUUAUAUGUAGUUUGAGACUUUGAGGUUUCUGGCUCCUUGAACCUCCUCCACUGUUACCCCAAGGAAUAAGUUCCCCUUAUCAUACCCUGCUUCCCAUUCUCCCCAGGCAGAAGAGCCAGAAAAGGAGAGAUAAAUCUUUGAACUUCACUCCCUUUCUCUUGGUGAGGGAGAUCAGGCACUUAGGGGCCACCCCCUUAUCCUCUGAGGACCCUGACUCUCUGGUCCUCAUCUUCCCACAACCUGCUCAGGCUGUUCCCCACCCUUCCCCAUACAUUGUUUGACAAACUGUACAGUUUCAAAGAUGGUGUGAUAUUCCCAAAGAUGAGAUUAAAGAGACCUUGUGAUUUUAUUGCCCCAAAUUCUGGAGACUACUGAUGAACUCACCAAACUACUAUGACAAACAUUCAGCACAUUGUGCCCA